AUGGAUACAGACAGCGAGGUCAAGGAGGAGCCUCUACAUGACGCUCUUACUGACAAAGAACCGCCAUGGGAGGACGCAUACGCUCGCCACUUCACCCUCGUGCUUUCGACGAUCUUAUUCGAGCGCGAGGACUUCCGUGAGCUCUUGUGCUCGGAGGAAAUCGCCAUCGCAUCUCGCUUCUUGACCGCCUUGAAACCUUUCGAACAGCAAUUGUACGCACGUCUACUGCAGCGUCAGGGUCCUUGGUACAGGAUCACAUCAGUCUUCCGCUACUUUGUCCAGGACGAACAGCCAAUCAAUGAGCAGGUACAGGACGUCGUCCACGUGAUGAUCGACGCCGGUUUCCUUGAGCAAUUCCCCGCCACUACGUCGUCCCGACCUCAGUCUCCAAGCCAGGAGUUGACCACCUUGGAGACUGCGCUGGACGCUAUUGAGCGAUGCGCCACGGCACCCGAACUGGCGGCGCUGUACAAGAAAAUGACAGGCAGCAGGAAACAUAUCGCCAAGGCUGAGCUCAUGUUGGCGAUCAAGAAGGUGGUGAAGACGCAGCGAUGUAUUGACGGCUCCAGGAUCCCCGUGGCGCAGUUCAUGCAGCAGAUUUGGCUGGAGUCUUACCCUUUGACAGGUAGGAAGAGCUCGGACGUGAUGGCUCUGAGGAUGACUCCAGCCACGAGGGAUCUGAUGCUGAGGAUGCAUCGCCUCUUCUACUUCGUCUCGACGCCGCCAUUCAACGCGCUGUCGCUGAUGCCUCCGCAGCUGGAGAAUGAGACGCAGCUCAUCGCCUUGGCCACACACAAGUUGAGGCAGGAGCCGACGCAGUGGCCGGGAUUGAUGGUGUUUUUCAAGAAAGUGGCGUACCCAGAGUAUACAUUAACCAAGUGUUCGAGUGGUGCUGACUCUGCUGUCACGAUGCUUAAUGCUCAUUGUGUUUUCCCUUCAUCUGAGGGCUACGUGAGCUACGAAGUGGCGUAUCAGCUGCAUCGCAUCAUGAACGUCGUUGAGCAGUGCAUACAAAUCGUGACACCUGAGAAGGAGUAUCAGGAACCAGAUCUAGAGCUCAAGUGGAUGCUUGCAGACGCUCCACCGGUGUUUCUAGCGUUUCAGAGGCUGUUGUACGUUCUCUACGAAGACGAAGAGUCUACGGAGACGGAGGACGAGUGUGUCGUUGUAGCUCCGCCCAGACAAACUGAUGAUAAAGCGUCUGCUAACUGGCAAAUGCGCAGCUGGGAGCAAUUCUACACGGAGAUUGAGAAGCUGCAGUCGCUGGAUGACUUGGUGCUGGCUAGCAGAGGCUGUCUACAGGCGUAUUUGAAGUGGAUGAAGGCGGCUGCAUACAGCACGUCGGGCAUCCCCGUGUUCUUUUCCAAGUGCAAUGCUGGCUACCAUCUGGUUCAGAUCUUGCACACGGCGGUGGGUUUGUACGAGAAGAUGCGCAGGUACCAGAUCGCCACUCUGCUGCUAAACGAACUACUGGCAGCUCCGUUUCUUGAGCGGAAACGCGGCUACUGGUGGGAUCGUCUAGCUUUGAAUUUGGAGCAUUUGAAGUGCGCAGACCAAGCCCGAGCCACGUGCGUGAAUGCGCUGGAGGAUCCACAUGUGCUCGCAGCAGAUCGAAUCGCAAUUCAGAGACGUUUGAAUCGAUUGGAGCGUCAAAAAGACCGCGACGAAAGAAUUCGAGUUGAAUCGCUGUCCACUGCUGACCUGUUGCUCCAAAGUACUAAAACCAGCAUGAUUACCCCCAUCAUGGAUACCAACGAUGACGAAGAAAAGGCUGUACCGGCCGAGACUCACGUUAGCUAUGACUACUGCAAGAGCCACAUCGUUGGCCGUCCGCUAAACCGUCAAACGGGAGAAAAAUCGCGAUUUGUGGGCUACGACGAUGAGCCGUGCACGGUUGAACAACUUGUCUUGCAAUACUACCGAGACCACCACCCUGCAUCCGCUGAAAAGACAAGGUUCGGAGGCUGGUACGGGGUUCAUUCGGAGGGCAUGGUGUUUGGGAAUCUGUUUGGUAUCUUGAUGUGGGACGUGCUGUACGCAAGCAUCGCCGACGUGUUCCAGACGCCAUUCCAGUCAGCUCCUCUAGAUUUUGGCUAUGCAGAAGUGUUCUAUAAGAGUCGACGCGAUCUCAUUGAGCGUCGAUUAGCGCAAGUGGAGAAUGACUGGACGAUGGAGGAACUGCUAACAGCAUUUGUGACUCAAUGGACCUCCGAGUUUGGGAAGGUGAGUCGCUUUGUUCACUGGCCAAGCGACGACAUUCCCAUGUUGCAGUAUCACUUGCUGACUAUUGCGGCAAUUGGACGCACACAGCUUGCCAGUCUAUUGCGCUACAUGGCCACGUCAAAGGAGUUCCAUCAGGCUCAGAAUGGUCUGCCCGAUCUCCUUCUCUUGAGGAUUGAGUUCUCUAGAAGAGAGGAUUCUGUGUCGCCAUCUCCACAAUACACGGGUGAUAGUCAUGGUUGCUUGAACAUUCACGCAUUCUGUGGCAUGGAUGAGGAGCUGAACAUGAACGAGAAGACCCAGCUGUAUACAGAGUCGUUGGAGCAGGAGGAGGAUUCGCAAAAGACCAUCUCAGAAGACAAGCUAGCAGAAGUGCAGCCAUUGCAACGUGUUGUGGAGGUCAAGGGACCACGUGACCGACUCAGUGACAAGCAGCUGCUUUGGCUACAAGUGCUCAGCGAAGAAAUUGGUCUCGACGCUAGUGUGAUGCACGUGGAGGAGCCAGAAAAGUAUGCCAAACGCAGGAGAAAAGAGAGCGCAACAGCAAAAUCUGCCCCUAGAAAGCGGCAAACAAGCGACGAAAGGCGUAAAUGCUGCUGCUAG